UUGACUGUGCAAUUAUUUCUUGCAGGGCCUUAUCCAUAUCAUUUUCAUGGAACAGUUGUUACUGGAUUCGGUCGAGGUAGUAAGCUCCUGGGAUGUCCUACAGCAAAUUUGGAUGAUAACGCUAUUGCGCGUCUUCCUUCGGAUUUUCCAUGUGGGGUGUUUUAUGGUUUUGCCAAUGUCAAUGGUGGUGAAAUCUAUGGAAUGGUAACUAGUAUAGGAUGGAAUCCACAUUUCAAAAACGAACGAAAAACUAUUGAAGUUCACAUACUUCAUGAUUUUGCAGAAGAUUUUUAUGGUGCAACGCUCCGAGCUGUUGCUGUUGGAUUUUUGCGUGAAAUGUAUUCAUUAAAUUCUUUAGACGAACUUAAAACAACUAUACGUAAUGAUAUAUCAAUGGCAAGAAGUCUGCUGUCAACUCAAGAAAUGAUAAUUUACAAAAAAUCGGACUUUUUUUUCGAGUAA